GAUUUAGUGUGGCGCUUUGUGAUUUUUUUUUUCGAAAACCUUUUUUGGAUAUCUUGUCGAGUGACUUCUUGGCCCGGGCAUAGUUAGAAUGUAAAGCAAAACUAAGCAGCUAACGUUGGAUUUGUAUAAAAAGAGCGUGUAAGACUCUAACUUAAAUAGUAUUCAGCUAAACUUCUUAGUUAAACUGGAAUAAAAAUAUUUCACGGAAAUCAUCAUGUUCAAAUUUGUCCUAUUCUGCUCCUUGCUGGUAGCUGCUACAGCUGUCUCCAGAUUUGGUGGUGCUAAACCUGCCAAAAGCUCCUUUGGUGGUCAAUCUAGUUUCCGCGCUGCUGCCUCCUCCGAUGAUGCCAAUGCCCAAGUAACCAAUUUCGCUACUGAUGUUCGCUCCGAUGGUUUCCAAUAUGCCUAUGAUACCACCAAUGCCAUUCAUGCUGCCGCUUCUGGCGAUGCCAAUGGCGAAAUUCGUGGUGACUUUGCUUGGGUCUCUCCCGAGGGUGAACAGGUGGUUUUACAAUAUGUCGCCGAUGAAAAUGGUUAUCAACCCAGCGGUGCCAUUCUACCCACUCCCCCACCAAUUCCAGAGGCCAUUCUGAGAUCUUUGGAAUACAUUCGUACCCAUCCUUCACAAGAGGAAUCCCCUAGAUCCUUUGGCCAACAACCUUCCAGGAGUUUUAGCCAGAAAUCCAGCAACAGUUUCCGAAAGCGCUUUUAAAUUUUAAGAGCAAACUAAUAGUUCAAAGUUUUAGUAAAUUUUUCUAGUUGCUAGAAAUAAUCGUUGAAGAAGUAUUGAA